AACAAUCGGAAGCGUUCUAUACCUGCAGGAUCAUCAUCUCCACCCAUAACUCAAUGGGUUGGUCAGAGGCCACAGAAGAUUUCUCGAACGAGGAGAACAAACCUAAUUCCUGUAUCGAACCACGAUGAUGUACAGAUGCAAUCUGAGGGAUGCUCACCUUCAGAUUUCAGUUCCCGGUUGAGCGCUGGUGGUACCAGUGCUUCUUUACCAACAAAGAGUUCAGCCAGUGCAAACCAGAAUACUAAACUUAAACCUGAAAAUGUUCCAUCUCCUGCAAGAUUUUCUGAAAGUGAAGAAUCUGGUGCUGGUGAAAUCAGAAUAAAGGAGAAGGGUUUAGACCGUGCAGAUGUGGAGGAAAAGGAUGGAAAUGCUGUGCAGAAUGUUGGGACUACCACGGUUCCAAUGAAAAAGAAUAAAAUUAUGGUCAAAGAAGAAAUUGGUGAGGGUGUGAGGAGACAAGGGCGUAGUGGAAGAGUCUCGCCAUUUUCUAGGACUAGCAUUUCUCCCACUAGAGAGAAGAUGGAUAACUUGAUGCCAACCAAACCUCUACGAAAUGCAAGGCCCGGUUCUGAUAAGAAUGGAAGCAAGUCAGGCCGUCCUCUAAAAAAGCAAUCAGAGCGCAAAGGCUUUUCUCGUCUUGGCCACAUGGCUACCGGGGGUUCCCCAGAUUGUAGCGGUAAGCCUUGAUGUAAUGCAUUGUUGGAAUAUCUUUGUC